GUUCCAAGCAAAGAACUUCCAAACUUGUCCGUCUGUGACACAAGCUGUAGAUAUCCAUUGCAGGGGAAUAAAAUAGGCGGCACCAGAGCAAAACUUUGUUGAGUCCUGUGGCCAGCUAGAACUAAGUCAUGGAAUCUGUAGUCUUUCAGAUUUGGGCAACUCUCUCUUUUCUGGUACACCUUGCAAACUGUAGUCCCAUCAUGAGCCUAGACAUGCCUCUCCUGGAGGAAGACAUGCCAUUCUUUGAUGAACAGGAUGCACUGCUUCAGAAUUUGCAAAAUGAGUUGCUGAAGGCACUUAACCUCUCUGACAUCCCCCUGCAAGAGACAGCAAAGAUGGACCCUCCAGAAUAUAUGUUAGAACUCUAUAACAGGUUUGCCACUGAUAAGACAUCUAUGCCAUCAGCCAACAUCGUUAGAAGCUUCAAAAAUGAAGAACAGAUUUCACAGCCCAUCCACUUUCAUGGAAUACGGAGGUACCCUCUUCUCUUCAAUGUCUCCAUCCCUCACCAUGAGAAGAUAACGACGGCUGAACUGAGGCUCUACACUUUGGUAGAGGAGGACAGAAUGCUCUAUGAUGGUCUUGACAGGAAGGUCACCAUUUUUGAAGUGCUGGAGAAUGAACAUGGAAGAGGGAAGGAAGAAGAGGAGAGGAAAAAGAAAGUGCUGGCCUCUCGACAUAUUUACAGCACUGACAAUGAAUGGAAAACGUUUGAGGUCACAAAGGCCAUCAGGAAGUGGCAUCACUCAGACUCAACCACUCAUCAACUAGAAGUGCAGAUUGAGAACAGAGGGGGAGAGGAAGCCAGUCAAGGAGGGAAAGCAGAUAUAGACAUCAACUCAGAGGCCAAACACAAACCUUUAUUAAUUGUGUUUUCAGAUGAUCAAAGCCAUGCCAAGAAAGAGAAGCAUGAAUUGAACGAGAUGAUAGAGCAUGAGCAAGAUUUGCAGAACCUGGAUGUGAAUGAUUUCCAUCCUAACCCUAGAGAAGAGAAACUAAUGCAGAUAAGAUCCAACAUUAUCUAUGACUCAACAUCCCGGAUAAGGAGGAAUGCCAAGGGGAGCAGCUGCAAAAAGACUUCACUCUAUGUGGAUUUCAAGGAGAUUGGCUGGGAUUCCUGGAUCAUUGCCCCACCAGGUUACGAUGCCUCCCAAUGUAAGGGAGCCUGCUCCUUCCCUUUGGACGAUCACCUCACCACAACUCAUGCCAAGGCCCGGACUCUGAUUCAUUUGAAUGAUCCCCAGAAAGCAUCUCCGGCUUGUUGCGUGCCUACAAAGCUGGAUCCCAUCUCAUUGCUGUACUUAGAUAAAGGGGUCGUAACCUUCAAGCUAAACUACGAGGGCAUGGCAGUGUCAGAAUGUGGCUGCAGAUAGUAGCAGGGUGCUCCCUGAAUAGUGUAUUUGGUCCUCAGAGUAUUUAAUUUGUUCCAUCUGUAAAUUUGUACAGUUCUGAUUUGUACAGACUUGGUAAAUUUAUUUAAUGAGGUGUGUACAGAUAAUUUGAGACAUAGGAAAUGGGCAACGGAUUACAGGGGGGUAUAUAAUUUACUAUCAUGGUUGGCUUGGAGGAAGGGGAAUUGUGCCUCUUUACUUCAUCCAAGAGCUGGUUUACACAAUCAGCAGAAUCCAGUGGUAAUUUCCCCCCUAAACUAUACCACUUCAGUCUGCAGAUGGAGGGGCGUGGCUGGUGCAGGUGGCUGAAUACUUCCACAUACGGAUGGGAGAGAAGUUUAUAUUUAAACCCAAAUCAAAUUCACAUUUUCCAAAAUAAUAUGAGAAUCAAAGCACAGCUAUUCUUUGAAAUUCACACUUAUCCAAAUUUUGUAGGCAGUUCUCCAAUCAACCAAUGUUUAGAAAAAUGCAUCUAUUAGGGGCAACUGUGCAUAAAAAUGAAUAUACUAGUGAAAAUAACAUACAAAAAUGAAUUACAUUAGGGGAAAUUGCUUGCAAAAGUGUGUUCAUUAGUAAAAACUGCAUGCACAAAUUGGUUUAUUAGGAGAAAUUAACUCUAAAAUGCUGUUGAAUUUUCAUGAGGCUACUGUUGCAGAAAUGUGGAGAACUGAAUCUGAGAAUGGAAAAUGAGAAACUGAGAGAACCAAGGCUGACAGACCUUUCCUUCCCUAGUCUUCCAUAAAAUAAAGCUCCCUGCACAGAGAAAACUAGCAUAUUAGAAGGAUUCAGCCUAGUCUUUGAAUGCUUUCCCCACCGAUGGUCAGGGAAAAUUUAAAAAUGCAGUCCUCCCUUGCAACAGCCUGAAGUGGUACAAUCUAGGAAAAGAUUAACCCUCAUUUUUGCUGACUGUGUAAACUGCCCCCCCCCCAGUCUGACCAUUAGGAGCCAUUUCAACACCCACUUUUUGCACCCAAACCAGUAUUUGCAGAAUAUUGCGCAUGUGAAGGAUGUUAUUUUUUAAAAGGAGGAACCCAGUUAAGAAAAUAAAAUGGGCAUUUUAAUUACUAGAUACAUAGAUUGGAUGCUGGCAUUUCCCCCUAUUUUUUAAUACAAAAUAUUAGAAAUUCUUCUACGUAGCUCCUCUCUGUUUCCUGUAGCACAUUCACAGAAAAUAGUUUCCUACUGGAAACAGCUGCCAAGGGCAAACAUGGUGUGGGUUUUCCCCUUACACGCUGUUUGCAGGAUUCCCAGCAGGAUCUGCCUGGCCUCUGUUGGUCUGAUCCAGCAGCAUCUUAUAUCACACUGUAAGAUGAUCUAUAGGUUCUAUAAGAUGAUCAGGCAGCUGCCCUUUCCCCUCUGAUCUCCUCCCACCACAUAUGCAGAGUAUCCCAUAUAUACUAAUUUAUGGGAUGUUCUAUAUACAGUAUGUGCUGGUGGGUUAUUCUAAUUCCAUUGGAAGGACUGGCCUGGACAGUGUUUAUAUGACCAUAUCCAGGGCCCCACACGCUCAUGUAAAGAAGUGUCAUGAGAAUCCUCAAAGGGAAAUGCUAAGGAAAUGGGCAGGCUUCAUCAGAAAGCCCCGGUGCCAUCAUGUAUUCAAUUCAUAUAAAAAGAAGUUACUCUGCAAAGCUUGACAUGAAGAGAUGAGAAAGGCUGCACUGACCUAAAUCCCCCUUUUCUACACAACUUUUUCGAGGUUCAAGAAUCUUCACUCCUUUAAAAUAUGGUUUUAUAUAAUCAGUUUGGUGGAGCCUUGAGUUUAUCCAAAGACAAGACAUAACCUCCAAGAAGUUAUUUCUGCUGGCUUUGGAGGUGCAAUUCAAAAUGUGGUGCCUGUUGCAUCUUACAAGAACCAUAUGAUCCUCUUGUGUUAAUGACCUACUCUAUGACUAUCAACAGAAUUAGACCAAGAAAAUAACCAGUGACUAGGAAUUUGGCUCCCAAGACCCAAGGUUCUUUGCAUCUUUGUUAAGCUGCUCCAGAGUCGAAAAAUUAUAUUGUGCUUAAAGUCAAAAUGGGGUUUGUCUACAGACAAAGAGCAGGACUUUGAUGAAGCUUUGAUGAAGCUGUCAAUUCACAAGACCAUUCUUUACCCCACUCUCCAAUUCAGCUGCAUACGAUGGAGUCACAUGGAGUCAUGUUUCCGCCACUCUUCUCCAACAAAUCGUUGUGAUAAGAAGGUGUUAGAGCUGGGAAACAAUAAGCCUGAUGCUUUAUUUAUACUAAGCUGGAAAUUUGUCAGAUUCUUUGGGAAGUGUAAUUGACGCUGACUCCCCUUGCCCUCAGCUCCAGCUUACUGUACUGUCCCCAGCCUCUGUUUUACACUUUUAAGGCAAAGCUCUCUUCCCUGAACGAGAUAACAGGCUUGUCUUUGAGAUAAUGGACUAUGACUAUGGGUGGGAAUCAGCCCCAAAGACAGUGUCAAGGACUAGCUCCAAUCAGCUUCACCUACAUCCAUGCAGCCAUUAUUUAUUGAUUUAUUUAUUGACUCUUGUCCUUGUAAUAUAAUGUAGAAUACAAAAUAUUUUAUUUUUGUGCUGCAUGUAAAACACACAUGGAUAAUCCUGUGUAUUGAACCAUGUGUGGAUUUUGAUGCUAAUAACUGCAAAAAAUUGUUAUGGAUUUUCUUGUAAAUAUAUCGCCAUCUUUUUUAUCUCAGUGUAAUACAAAAUAUAGUGGCAUACAGUAUAUAGUAGCUUUGCCCCCUUUCUUUUUGCUAGCCUACGGUCCUUGAACAUAGGGCACAGACCUAUCCACACUUUACCACAUUGCACAAAGUCCAUCACUCUGCUGCCUGAAAGAUCUGCCUGUCAAUCUACCAACUGUAAAUUUUGCUCCACAAAUUCCUCCAUCUCGAGCUGAAAACAGUUGUUGGGAGUAUCCUGCAGAUGCAACCACAAUGCCUCUUACACCUUUCCCUGGUAAAAAAGCUGACCAGGAAGUAGGGAUGGGAGAUCUGUCAGUUCCAAUCCUUUCCGUUUCUCCUUUUUCCAAUCUUAAA